UUCUAUAUUUAUUCUUGCUUUUUCAUAACGUUAGCAAAUUUCUACUCAUCAAUUAUGUGUGCGAAAUAGUCAGCACCAAGGCUGAUGCAACAAGAUAUUUAUUAAAUAAAUUAUCAUAUUCUACUUUUGACGUUGAAGUUCGUGAAAUCAUUUCACAAUUUUCAUUACAAAUGACUUAUAAGCCUCUUAGAUUCUAUGGAAUUGGAUUUUUCCAAUUUGGCUCCAAAUUUCUUUACAGGUUUAUCAUGUCUAUCGCGACCGUUUUAGUUAUUGUAAUACAAGCGCACGUAAAUAAGUAA